AUGACUGCCUGCCUUCGUGCUGCCCAGGUUCUGGGCCUGUUUCUGCUGCAGAUGGUCUCUGCCCAGGAUUAUAAGGAGCAGUAUCGCCCUCAAUAUCAUUACACUCCAGCCAAAAACUGGAUGAAUGAUCCCAAUGGCUUGAUCUUUCACGACGGCAUCUACCAUUUGUUCUAUCAGUAUAAUCCAGGCGGCACAACAUGGGGAGCCAUGUCCUGGGGCCACGCAACCAGUUCCGACUUAGCUCACUGGGAGCACCAGCCAGUCGCGCUCGAAGCUCGUGGCUUCCCGGAUAAUAUCACAGAGAUGUUCUUCUCUGGUACUGCUGUGGCAGAUGUCAACAACACGAGCGGCUUUGGUGCUGGUGGUAAGACUCCUCUAGUUGCAAUGUAUACAUCUUAUUACCCUCAAGCACAGACCCUACCUAGUGGGAAGUCAGUAGAGGUAAAUCAGCAGUCACAGUCUAUCGCCUACAGCCUUGAUGAUGGCUUGACUUGGACCACCUAUGAUGAGGGAAAUCCUGUCCUACUCAGUCCUCCUCCCCAGUACGCCGACCAGAUCCGCGAGUUUCGCGACCCUGGCGUCUUCUGGCAUGCUGCUAGUAGUAAAUGGGUUUCAGUCAUCUCCUUGGCCCAACUACACAAGCUCCUUAUUUACACAUCGGACGAUCUUAAGGAGUGGGAGCUUGCCAGCGAAUUCGGACCAGAAAAUGCCGUUGGCGGUGUGUGGGAAUGUCCCAGCUUAUUCCCUCUCCCUGUUGAUGGGGAUGGUACUGUGAAAUGGGUUGCGCAGGUCGGGCUCAACCCAGGAGGCCCGCCAGGUACACCUGGAUCAGGGACUCAAUACUUCGUUGGAGACUUCGAUGGAACAACCUUUACCGCAGAUCCUGAAAGCCUGCAGCAGACAAACUGGCUCGAUUGGGGCCCCGACUUCUACGCAGCUCUUAGCUUUUCGGGUCUUCCUGAUACCGAGCGAGUUGAUAUUGCCUGGAUGAACAACUGGAAGUACGGCGGGGUGAUACCGACUGAUCCUUGGCGAAGCGCAAUGAGCAUCCCACGAAAACUUUCGCUUAGAACUAUUGACAAUACUGUAGCUCUCGUGCAGAGUCCGGUUCUGGACCCGGGAGCAUGCUUUUCUCAGCAUUGGGACUCUGUGCCCGCUGGAGUUACGAAACUCAAGCUUACGGGAAAGGCGCUCGACACCACUCUGACAUUUACUAAAUCAGAGUCGACUUACUUUGGCAUCAUCGUUCAGGCUACGGCGGAUCUUAGUGAGCAAACCCGUAUCGGGUACGAUUUCACAACAGAGCAGCUCUUUGUAAACCGGACACUGUCAGGAGUGGCCGACUUCGAUGGAUCAUUUCCAGGAGUGUAUUCUGCGCCGUUGCCUUCUAGAGACGGCACCGUCACGAUUCGGGUCCUCAGCGACUGGUCUUCCGUUGAGGUAUUUGGUGGGCAGGGCGAAGUCUCCAUUACUGCUCAGAUCUUCCCAAGUGACGCCGCUAUUGAAACCUAUCUGUUCUCGAUGGACGGGCCUACUAGCAACAUCGAGCUAGAGGCAAGGGAAGUUCAUUCAGUAUGGUGA